AUGGUAUUUAUUUACAAGGAUCACCUUGCACCAUUAUGUCUCGCAGAGUUGGAAGGUCAACUUAAGUCUGAGGACCAAUUAUCUACACAGGCUGUGUGCUUGUGGCGAACUGGUGCUUAUUAUGGAGAAUUUCGUGCUUGA